AAUAGAAUUUCUGCCAUUGAAGAAGUUGUCUUUUCAUAAACGUCAAUAGAGCCAACAAAAACAAAGUUUUAUUUUAAGAGAUUAAACCUAAGGAAAUUAUUAGAUUUUAGUCGAUAAGUGUAUUGCGACCAUCAUGAACGCUCGAUCGCAAGUAUUCGAACUAACAAUGGAGGGCAGACAAGUGGACGAAGCGGUGGCAAGCAUAUUCCAUACAGUGCUGUUUCAUCGCAGUCUUGGCAAAUUUGUGUUCGCUGAUGAUUCGUCGUAUUCCGUUGGAACGGUGGGUCAUAUGGAUGUUGACUGUGAUUUCAUUGACUUUACCUACGUGUGCUGCACAUCAAAGAAAUUGGAUCGAACGCUAAAGGAUGAGAUUAGCAGCUUCAGCGAACAGCUACGUAGUAACGACAGUUCCGGUUCCGGACAGAUCAGUUUAGAAUUCUUUCAACGUAAACGCAACCGUUGGCCAUUAUUUCAACAGGAAUGCAUACCGUGGGAGGUGUGGACGAUCCGAUUAGAAUUAAUGAAUUUGUACAAUGAGGAUGAGCGGCAAGUGUGCCGUGAGCGUGUUAGUGAUAUGUUGACCGAUAAAAUUUUAUACAUCACAGAAGUGAUGAAUCGGCAUGACUAUGUGCCGAAAGUGCCGAGCCAUUUAGAAUUGGAUUCAAUAUUUGACACAAGCUAUGCAGACAUUCAACCGUAUUUGUUUAAGUGUAAAUUUAGUACAGCUGGACCAAGCGAAAAUUCAGUCGGUAAUACCAUGAAAAAAUUAAUCAAAGAGACGCUGUCGUUGUGACUUCUUCAUUUCGACGGCAAUCGGCAUCAUAUUUUAUUGGAAAUGUAGGGUAGCGUUUGCUUGAAUGUCUGCAAAAUCUUUAACGAAAACUUUUCCGAUUAUAUUUCCUACCCCUCCUCCGCUCCUUUUUACUGUGUAAUUUCAAAUCAUUUUUUUACGUUGUAAGUAGGAUCUUUCGUUCGUUUAAAUAAAUUUUUAUUGAAGUGUGCUACA